GACGCGAUAGCUAGCUACCGGUAGAGCGGGAAGUCCGGCUGCUGUGGUGUUUCUCCGCUUGGAACCACCGACUGACUCAGACAGACUCGCCCACCUCCGAGCCUUUCUUUUCCCCCCUUUUCGCUCUGUCCCGAACGCUGAGCACCAUGGACCGAGAGCACUUUGUAUACCAGGCGAAACUUGCCGAACAAGCAGAGAGAUACGACGAAAUGGUGGAGUCUAUGAAGAGUGUCGCAGGGAAGGACGUGGAGUUGACGGUGGAGGAAAGGAACCUGCUGUCUGUGGCCUAUAAGAAUGUAAUUGGUGCACGGAGAGCUUCAUGGAGGAUAAUCAGCAGCAUCGAGCAGAAGGAGGAGAGCAAAGGUGGAGAAGACAAACUCAAAAUGAUCCGUGAAUACAGGCAAACGGUUGAGAAAGAGCUGAAAUCAAUCUGUAACGACAUUCUGGAUGUACUGGACAAACACCUCAUUCCUGCAGCCAACACGGGCGAGUCGAAGGUUUUCUAUUACAAAAUGAAGGGCGACUACCACAGGUACUUGGCAGAGUUCGCUACAGGCAACGACAGGAAGGAAGCAGCUGAGAACAGCUUGGUAGCGUACAAAGCAGCCAGCGACAUCGCUAUGACCGAGCUGCCGCCGACACACCCCAUCCGCCUGGGGCUGGCACUCAACUUCUCCGUCUUUUACUACGAGAUCCUCAAUUCUCCAGACCGCGCCUGCAGGUUGGCGAAGGCGGCGUUCGAUGAUGCGAUAGCAGAACUGGACACGCUCAGCGAGGAGAGCUAUAAGGACUCGACACUUAUCAUGCAGUUGCUACGCGACAACCUGACACUAUGGACUUCAGACAUGCAGGGAGACGGUGAAGAACAGAAUAAAGAAGCACUGCAGGAUGUGGAGGGCGAGAACCAGUGAGAUGUCACCACGUGUGUGUGUGUGUGUGUCUGUGUGUGUCUGUCGAUCACGUCCCAAGUCUCUGGUCCUGUCCCUCUCAGGUCUCCAUGGUGUCACCGAAAGAGCUCCGAAGUCACCCUGUCUCCUCCAGCACUCACUCUUUCUCUCCUGUACGUCUGUCUAGCACUCUGCUCUUUUGGGUUACACCCUGGCCAUUUUUAAAUGUAUUUUCCUCCUUUCCUGACCUUGAACUUUGACACUAUUGGAUCAACACAUGAAUUGACCUCCUGAGUGAAUAGGCAUUGUGGAGAACUUCCCCUGCUGGUUUAUUUGUAUUAAACUCGCCAAGUGUCGUCUGCGUAUGGGCUUAUUUUAUGUCUCACUUUUGCUUUUAAUUCAGCGUGCGGUAGCGGUACGGCCUCGUUUGCCUCUGUUCUGUGAUUGGCAGAGUUAUUGCUUCUGUAAUCACACACAUUGCUGACUGUGUCAUGGCAGCUGGGAUGCUAAAUCUCAGUUAUCUGUUCUGGGAGAUGCAACACCCUGCAAAGGACAUUUAUUUUCCUCUGCUUGAUUUUUAAAGGGAUGCCUAUUUAAUUUUUAGGUGCUUGUUUUAAAGCAGGCUCUCAGAGCUGCUGUUUCCCUGCCAGUCUCUUUUCUGUUGCUUUGCACACACUGGGCUCUAUGCAGAACUUUGCUCCAGCACUGUAUAUGAACAUGUGCUCCUGUCUAACCAUUCAGGGGAUAAACAACCCCAGGGGAACUCCUCAGCUAUUAUUAUUAUUGUCUAAAUUGAUUCCGAUGCCAAUUUCUUUGCCACAGCUUUCACCCCUCUCUCGCACUCCCUAAAGUUUUCUCUCUCUCUCUAGAUCUUUCUUGUUUUCUCUUCACCUGUUCAGUAUGUGUAACUUGAAUCUGAUUUGUACUACUGGAUAUUCUGAUCGGAGCCAACACGCACCAUCUGUAUUCUUACUGAAACACAGCAUGGGAUUAACUUUAACCUUCAAAUAAAACCAAACCUAAGUUAAAAAAAAAAA